AUGAUGGUCGAUCCAGAAGGUCAGGGCGGAGAACGGGACAGGACCUAUGACGAUAAGGGCCCAUGGGACGCGAAUGGAACCCGACGAGUCACAACGCGACACCACGCAGGGAAAAGGCCUCACGACCUUUCUGAUUUCGUGCAGCGAUUCGGCCAUAUUUAUGAAUCCUCAAGAACCCCAAGCCAUGGGAGAAAAGAAAUUAAAUCAAAAGAAAGGGGGAAAAGAAAAGAAUGCAGACUUUAUUGCCUAGGGUCGUUCAACUACCAGAGGAUAGUACAAAGAUUAUUGCAUGCGAUGGAAAUAAGGACCAUGUCAGGUUGCAAACCCGCAGGCUGCAGCAGUCAUCUGGUCGCAGGAACAAUCCAAUUCCAACCUGAAUGCUGGAUACCAAGACAAUACCAAUACUAG